UGGUAGCUGAUGCAUCCCUGCAGCGCGUUGUUAGUGCGGUGCGGCUGGCUCGGGCAGCUUUACAACUGCAGCAAAAUCUUCAAAACGGUCAAGUCGAAGGACGGCUUCUGUUGCGGAUUCAACUUUCAUUACGGCUUGAGUAAAAGCGGCAGAUACAAAGACGAGAGCGUUCAGCCGGAAGUUCACGACGACUCCACCGAUUUCAAUGUUACUCUCGAGUAUCUACCGGGGGUGCAUAAGAUUCUGAAGGCUCCAGGAAGCGGUCGCGACUUGGGACUUACGAUCGCCGUAAAUAUCGACCGUCAUAAUUACAAGUACUCGGUGCGACCCUACGUAGGCGCGUCGAUUUUCAUACACGACGCCAUCGAUUUCCCCGAUAUCGGCGCGCAUCAUGCAAUCGUGUCGCCCAGUCACAUCGUGGCGAUACCCGUUUCCGGCACCUCCAUUAAGAGCAUGCACAGUAUGCGCAACCUGCCCCUGGAGAAGCGUUUGUGCUACUUCGACAACGAGGUGCCAGGCGAGAGCCAUUAUAGCUUCCAGUCCUGCGUCUCCCAGUGCAUAGCCGAGCACUUGCAGGACAAAUGCGGCUGCUUGCCGUUUUACUACCCGGAAACACAUGUCGGGAUAAGAACGUGUUACUUGACCGACGUAGAUUGUAUCUUGGCCCACCGAGGAAAAGGAAAUUCAGGAAAAGAUAUAUUGGUCAAAGGAGCUUGCAGAAAAUGUCUGCCUCAAUGCACCGACAUCAUGUACGCCAUUGAUAUGGAGGAUAUUAAAAUGGACGCUGUGGGGUACGAAUCGGAGUUAACGCGUGGCUUGGAUCUGAACAAUAUAUCCUUAGCGUACGUAUUCUUCGCCGAUAUCUCGUACGUCGAAUACCGCAAGGAGAGUAUCCUCGGCUGGGAUGGAUUACUGGCGUCCUUCGGCGGCAUCUUCGGGCUGUGCCUCGGCGGUUCCAUGAUGAGCGUGAUAGAGUUGGUCUAUCUCUCGGUGAGGGAGUUCUUCAAGCUCCGUAAAACGCAGGGACAAUCACGUGGAAAUUUGCCGCCAGCUACGGAUGUGUUCCUGUCGAAUCCCGCUGAAAAAACCCAGCUGCAGAAGAGACCGCUGAACCAUCGAGAGUUCAUCGACAAGCGUGUUUAUGUCAUCAGUGGUAUCAAUAAGAGCCUUCAAAAAUGACAGAAAGCGAUGAACCUUUUUUUUUUAAUAUAAACGCAUAGGAAAACAUUCACUUCAUGUUUAAACUCACUUUUAU